UCGCAGCAACAGCAGCAGCAGCAGCAGCAGCAGCAGCAGGUCGGGAGUGUCGGGAAUCCGCCCACGUCGCCGAUCGCGCAGCCGCUCAGUCUACAGGAGCUCACCGUAAGGACAAUCACCAUGACGAGAGAUCCGCCGGACUCUCACCAUGGCUUUGGCAUCUGCGUGAAGGGUGGCAAGGACGCAGGUGAGAUCCGCAGUACCUUCAGGCUACCCCCGUCGCCGUACUUCGUGCCUCGAGAACGAGAAGCGCAGUCAGGGGUGGGCGUCUACAUCUCGAGGGUGGAGGAGGGUUCGGUAGCUGAACGUGCUGGACUCAGGCCAGGAGACACCAUCCUGGAGGUGAACGGCACACCCUUCCGCGCGGUUACCCACGAGGAGGCCCUCAAAAUGUUAAAGUCCUGCAGGACCCUAAGCAUGACGGUGCGAGGGCCCGCGUUGGAUCCCCGCUGCCGGGGCGGUCACCCCGUAUGGUCGUCGUCGGGCCGUCCGCAAUCCUGCAGCUGGAUGGAUCGGCAAGGUCGUCCGGCGUCCCCGCCGCCCCUUCAUCCGCCUCGCGAUUCCCGCUACGGACCGCGGACGCGGAAGGUCGAGCUGUGCAUCGAAUCCGGCCAAUCUCUGGGCCUGAUGAUCCGUGGCGGCCUCGAAUACGGCCUUGGAAUCUAUGUGACCGGCGUCGACAAGGACAGCGUCGCCGAUCGCGCCGGACUUCUUGUGGGCGAUCAAAUCAUCGAGGUGAAUGGGCAGAAUUUCGAGGAGGCGACGCACGACGAGGCUGUUCAGAUACUGAAGACCAACAAGAGGAUGAGCUUGCUGAUACGCGAUGUCGGCAAAGUGCCACAUUCAUGUACCACCAGCCAGCCUAUUAUCCCGGCCACCCGAUAUCCCGAGCACGAUCCUUUACUCCUGGAAAGUCCCGGAAAUCAUCGCCCACCCAGUCCUGCGAGCAGCACGAACGAAUGGAGGCAUCGGAGUGGCGUCCACACCGUUUCGGCGGCCACCGCCGCCAUGGUGGAGGAGAAGGCGCGAGUCGUUCUCGCGAGGAGCGAGCGAGCCGCGCUCUCUCAGCUCUUGGCGGAUUACAGGACGAGAAGGCUGACGAUAGAGGAACUGGUCAUCAACCUGAUCGACCUGCUGAACACCCAGGAAAAACUGACGUUGCUGACAGAGCUCAGGGAGCUGAUCGACAACAAGGACAGGGGGGCCUUCGACGAUCUCGUUUACCGACCCCGAAUAGCAAUGGCCAGGAGAAAAGGCGACCGCGCUCACUCGGACCUGAUAGUGACUCCUUCGCUGCACGAUCUUCCGAGGGGUGUGCCCGGUGGUUGUUGCCGUCCGGGACGACUGGUGGACGUCGAGGGAGAUCCCCUAGGAGUGACGGGCCCUCUUCUACCGCGGGAUAGCCAGGAGUAUAGAUCGCCGAGCGAGGACAGCGGUCUCGGGGCCGACAUGCCCAGGACCAGAGUGGGCUGCAGGAGGGCGCAGCAGCACCAAGUGACGACCUCCGACCUCGCCCUCUCCAACGAUGACGAGUGCGACAAUCAGGAUUACGAUGACGAGAUCGAAAAUGGACGGGGUCGCAGGCACAGUUCCCCAGGUGGCUCGCGAGGUAACCCCAGGGAUUACGGCCAUCACCUGCACCCGGACAAUUUGGAGCUCGCGCACAAGCUCUCGCGGAGCUUCGACAUGCAGGAGGCACAGCUGUUGGAGGAGGGUGGCACCGGCAGCGGGAUCGCCGUGGGUGGGACCGCGGGUGGCCCGCCGCGGCGGCAUCACAGCGUGCAGCGGCUGGCCCGCAGCGAGAUGUCGGAGCGGCGAGAGGAGGACGGCGCUCUGGUGGUGCCCGAUCAUCAGGGUAACCUGCGGAUCACCGUGAAAAAGACCAAGUCGAUUCUGGGCAUCGCCAUCGAGGGCGGCGCCAACACCAAGCAUCCACUGCCCCGGAUCAUCAACAUACACGACAAUGGAGCAGCUUACGAGGCAGGCGGCCUCGAAGUCGGACAGCUCAUCCUCGAGGUCGACGGUCAAAAAGUCGAAGGACUUCAUCAUCAAGAGGUCGCACGAUUGAUCGCGGAGUCGUUCGCGCGUCGCGACCGAAACGAGAUCGAGUUUCUGGUGGUGGAAGCGAAGAAGAGCAACCUGGAACCGAAGCCGACGGCGCUGAUUUUCCUGGAAGCGUAGCAGGAAUCUCCCACCUCCGAGCCGGAACCACCAUAGCCCAACCUGACCAAAGCUCGGCCGGCGGUGAUCCAGCUCGAGCGUCGCCGCCGUUAAAGAAUCCGAUCGAGAGAGACCAAACCGUCCGGAUCGUCCGACUCCCAGAAGAUCCGACUUUGGAUUUCGAACAGCCUCGAAGGGACGAAUAAUUCCCCUCGAGUUCUCGACUCGGACGGCCGAGCUGUCGGUCAGCCGCUAAUUGAUUAACCUGGCCUUGGUGGUGGGAACUUCACUUCACCCGCUGAACGAAACAACAUUUUGCAAACACGAAGGGGGCGAGGACGA